AUGAAAGCUGGACAAGCAUCAUCAUCACCACAGACCAAACAAGGACACAAUGACACAUCACAACAAGCAAACAAACAAGCUCGGAGCAUCACUAAAUAUUACGACCCAAAAUCAUCACUCUCACACAUAAUCGGAGAUUAUCGAUUAUUAUCACCUUGGAACAAACUUAAAUUUAAUAUCAUUCAAUUCAUUGCGGAAUGGAGAGUUCUUUCACAUAAUAUUUCUCAACAGCAAACGAUGCAUCACAAGUACAAAUAUUCAGAUCCAUAUCUGGAAAAAGCUACACGAGAAAUGUAUCAUCCACAAAUUGUUUCCUCUAUGAAACAACGUUUUUCGAGAUGGUUCAAAUACUCACUGUAUUUGACAGCCUUUUCUCUUCUUGUGGUGUACCCUUCCGCUUGCAAAAUUUGGGAAACUGAAAAGAAGCGACGAGAGCUUUAUCUAUCUCAAAAAUAUACGUUUGACAAGGAAAAAUCCAUCUAG